CAUUGAGCCUGCGGAUGUUGAAGGAGGAGUCGAUUCAGUUCUAGUUUAUUUUCCCACACCGUUUUCGAGCACUUGACGCUUCUCUGCUACUCUUCUUCUCAAGUUACAAUCCCAACACGAUUCCACAGCUCAAUGCAACUUCUGUUCUUAACGCUGAAUCAAUCAACCCUCCACCCAGCUUGUUAUUAAGACAAUUCGCUAGUUAAUGUUUUUUCUCAAACCCUUCUGAGUAGGCUACUUUUCGACAGGUGUUUUGGGCAGAGUGCCCGGAAGAAACAUGUCCAAUGGGAAAGAUGCACCUGCGGCAGCGAACUCCUCACAGAUGACCCUGCAGGUGUGCCUUGAGGAGUGUAUGGAGGCCCUGGACCUCUUCCUCAACAACCACUUCAGUGAGAGCCUGGACAAACUGCGGCCACGGGCGAAGGAGAGCAUGUACCAUGCUCUGAUCUACGCCACUGUGCUGGAGAUGCAGGCUAUGAUGACCUUCCAGCAGGAUGACAUCGUCAAUGCAGGCAACACCAUGAAGAGUGCCCAGGAGGUCUGCCAGAGGUUUCGACGAAAGACCCCUAGUAAUAUCAGUAAAUCACCUGGAGAGCCUCUAACUGAAGAGCAGCUCCAAGCUCUCCAUGCUGAUGCGUGUUAUGCUGAAUGCUUGCUCCAAAGGGCUGCUCUCACCUUCCUACAGGAUGAGAACAUGGUGAGUUUUAUCAAAGGAGGAAUCAAAGUACGCAACAGUUACCUGAUUUACAAGGAGCUGCACACCUUCAUACAGUCAAACAGCUCUCUCCAAGGACCCAACCACAUUCACUUAGAGGGAGGGGUGUCUUUUGGGAUCGGAGCAUUCAACUUGACUCUUUCCAUGUUUCCACCUCGGUUACUCAAAGUUUUAGAGUUUGCUGGCUUCUCUGGUGACAAGGAGUAUGGUCUGUCCCAGCUGAAUGAUGGGGCCACUACAAACAACCUGCGCUCCAUGCUGUGUGCCUUGCUGUUGCUCUGUUACUAUACCUUCCUCACCUUCAUACUCGGUAUUCUACUCUUCACAACCAGGACCGGUGAGGGGGACGUGGCUGAUGCUGAGAAGCUGCUGAAGCCUUUCCGGCUCCGCUACCCACAGGGGGCCAUAUUUCUCUUCUUUGCAGGCAGGGCUGAGGCAAUCAAGGGGAACAUUGAUGAGGCGGUGGUGCUGUUUGAGGAUGGCUGCAAAGCUCAGCAGCAGUGGAAGCAGUUCCACCACAUGUGCUACUGGGAGCUGAUGUGGUGCUUCACCUACAAGUGCGUGUGGAGGAUGGCCUACUUCUACGCUGACCUACUGAGCAAUGAGAGCCGCUGGUCCAAGGCCAUGUAUGUGUACAUGAAGGCUGCUUACCUGAGCAUGCUUGCUCCGGGGGAGGCUAGGCCUUUUGGGGAAGAUGAGGUGGAGCUCUUCAGACAGGUGUCCACCUUCAAGCAAAAGAUAGCAGGGAAGUCUCCACCCACAGAGAAGUUUGCCAUUCGCAAGGCUAGACGUUACAAAGCUAGCUGCCCAGUGAGGCUCCCAGUACCUGUGCUGGAGAUGAUGUACAUGUGGAAUGGCUUUUCCAUGAUCAGCAAGCGGCCAGAGCUGACCGAGGGCAUGCUGCAGACACUGGUGGAGGCAGAGCGCAUCCUACUGGAAUCUCCCGCGAAUGAGUAUUCAAUGGAUGACCGCUGUGUGAUCCACCUACUGAAGGGGCUGUGUCUGAAGAACCAGGGACACAUUCGGGCUGCAGAGGAAUGCUUCAACAAGGUGUACAACAGUGAGAAGAAGAUCAAGUUUGACCAUUACCUGGUGCCCAACGCUCUGCUGGAGCUCAGUGUGGUCUACAUAGACACGGGCCGCAAGGAGGAGGCCAUCAAACUACUGGUGAAAGCCAAAACUAACUACAAGGAGUACUCCAUGGAGUCACGCACCCAGUUCAGGAUCCAUGCUGCUCUCUCCAAACUCAAGGCUGACACUAGUGACCAAGAUGAAAUCACACCACUGUAGUAUAACAGGUGUCAUUGUGCUGAGCAAGCACUGGACUUGCUUCCCCUGCCAUCUGUAGAUGCUCCAGGAAGACUUGCUCUCUUUUUCAUCCUCAGCCACUUUGAUCACUGCCUCCCAAAUGUUACUUGCUUUGUGGUGAAAGUCCCCGUCCUUCAUGGAUGGUGGUCUCUCCCUGAUUAAAACACUUGAGUUUUGAAUGGGAGUUGGUAGAAGUUGCCUCUACCUGCUGGUUCUAGAUCAGAGGCAUUUUAUCCACCUACUGGGUGAUGAAAACCCGUGGUUAGGUUCAGAUUCUAUCUUCAGUGUUUGAAUGUGUGGUACUUACAUCGCUGUACUGGUUACCCAUAACAGUAGUUGGGAGGCAGUUGCUCAAAUUUGAAUACAGUAUAUCCACUUUUUUUGUGGGGGAAAACAUGUUGAAAUGAACUUAACAAUGUAAGUAAUGUUUGGAUAUGUGAGGUAUAGUUUUGAUUUUAACUUCUCCAAAAGUGAUUGAGUAUUACUGUCAGCAGUUUGACAAAAGCAUCCCUUUGGUGAUAACUGAAUAAGACAGACAUACGACUACAUAACGUAUGACAUUGCUUUGAUCCCAGAGUUAUUUUAACAAAUGUAUUAACAGUUAUGUAGAAGGACCUUUAAUAAUCAAUAGGUCAUGCUACAUUUGUUUUAUGUAGUUGUCCCUGCUGCAAUGUACAGAGGAAAGUAGUCAGUUGAAAUAAGUUUAACCUCUGAUAGUGUAAACAUUUUAAGUAAUGAAUGUCAAUCAAGACCUUGUACAAAGAAAGGUGUGGAUAAACAAUUUGAAAAACAUGAUUAAAUAUGUCCAUUUGCUAGAAUCCCUCAUUGUUUUAUAUUUUACUGGAGCGUAUCUCAGAGUGUAACCCAUCCUUGUCCAGAUUGCCCUAUAAAUAAACUGAUUAAGAGGUGACUUUA